AUGCGCUCGUUCACGUUUCUCAUUGCUUGCUCACAGUGGUGGCCCUCAACCAUUCAACAGGAGACGGAUUUUAAUAAGAACUAUCUAGUACCACGGGUGCCGUUACAGCCAAGCAACAGCAGCACCUGGAGGCAAGCAUUCCCGGUACGAAAUUCGUUGAUGAGCCGGCAACAGAUCAUUGAGCUAACUGCGAGACUGCAGAACAGGUCAUUGCCGGGUCAUCCAUUCCAACCGCAGCAGCAGCAACCGCUGCUGGCUGGUCAGCCCGCAAUUGCUCGUCAGUAUCCAACGUAUUCCGCGGCAUUCCAGCACUACUCUUUCAACAGUGCCAGAGGCACCGGACAACAGGGUCAAGCAUUUCUACCACAGCAACAACAACAGUUCCUCAACAGGGAACAGUUCUCAAACCCGUAUCCGUAUGCUCCAAGACAAAUUCAGGCAAGCACAACCACUGCCUUGGCCAAUCAGCCAAACAGCUUCCCGGCUGGCCAACCAAUCCCCAACGCCAGCUCUGCAGCUGGUGGCCCCUUGCCAACACUGCAUCAACGGCCCGAGGUGGUACCACAGCCCGAUCAGCAACUUUUCCCACUUUGGAACAACUACCAGGCGCCACAGUUGUCGAUUGCGGAACAACGAUUGAAGAAGUGUUGCGCGAGGUUGAAACAGGCAGAUCCAGGCUGCAAAGAACGCUUCUGCGGCUUCGAAGCACUGGCACCUCAAACGGUGCUCCACUACUUGACAACCUGUCAACCACACGGUCCUACAGUUGGACAAAUGUGGGACUGUGCAUCAUCCAGGCAGAACCAUACGGAGUGUUGUGUUCGGAAAGGUGUGCAACCAGCAUGCCUUGUUUACUGCGAGACAACAAAUGGCGUCCCGACCGACUACACCAAAUACUUAUUCUGCUUGAGUAAUUUCCAUCAGAUCCGCCAGUGUUUCCGCGAACAUCUCGAGACACAUCCGAAUUUGUACGGUGAUUGGUAA